GUACCCCGUGUGUGUAUAUAAAAACAGUGGAAGAGAACACCACACACAAUGUAGACUGUAGUGGUCAGCAGUGGGACGCCAUACUGUGCUCUGGGGACCAUGGAGCUAGAGGGGGAUUCUCUUUCCCCCAGGGAUUCCUUCACCUCAGUGAGCAGCCAUGGGCCACCACCCUCAUUCUCAGCACAGGACACCGUAACCCACAACUUCCUAAAUCACACCUUACAGGUUUCAGACGAGCUCAUCUUCAGUGGGAGCCCAUGGUCCAGUGGUGGCAAUGGGGACUUUGAGAGGACCGGAGGCCCCCUAUCCCAGGUGGAAUCAGGGAGGAGUGCACAGAGGAGCAUCAGGCCCUCAGCCUUUCCCUCCUCCCUGACCUGGGACUCUGACUCUGAGAAAGAGACACUAGACGAGGAAGAGCUACAGCACUUUUCUAACCCUCAUGGUCUGGCCGCUCACAGCCCAGGAUCCCUCUCCUCUGGACUCAGACCUGACAGUGAGGAUGACCAAGGACCUGAACAACUGCAGCACUUACCCACUGAGACAAACCUACUCAGCCCUGUGGAGGAGCGGGACCAAGACAAGCCUAACACACACAGAGAGGAGCCAAAGAAGGACCAACCCAGUUCAAAAGAAUUGGUAGAUGACAGAGUCUGGAAUAUAUCGGAGAAAGCUGAACUGUUUCAGUCCAAAGUGACAUCAAAGGAGGGGUGCAAAAUUGAGGAGGAGGGAGAGGAAGAGGACCUGACAGGGAAGGACAAGGGGCCUGAGCGGGAUGUGUACACCUUUCCUGGGGACUCAGACACAGAGAGCCCCCCACCAGCACCCUGGGCACACUGCACCUUCAUCCAGCGUCGGAAGAAGAAGAGGGCCCUGCUCAGGCCCUUCUCUGGCCAGGGCUCCUGGGAACGCACAUCAACAGGAGCUGGUAAGAAGGCAAGGAGUGCUUCCUCAAGAGCAAAGAGCUUGGGGCCAGUGAAUGUGAGUGGAGGGGCCUAUGACUUUAAGGAGGACUUGGAAAAGGCAACAGAGGAUCUGGAGAAGGUAGAAGAGGAAAAAGGUGGUGAAGAAGGAGGAGGAGACGGAGAGCUUGGUAAAGAGAUUUUCACCUGUGUGGAAUGUAGCAUUUAUUUCAAGAAGCAGGUCUACCUGCAGGAUCACAUGCAAGAGCACAGUCAGAGCAGGCCGGGGGCUGGCAGGAGGGAGCGCGGAGUGAAGGGCGCGCGAUUUCGGUGCGUGGAGUGUGGAUGGAACCUGUCAAACAGGCUGGCUCUGGCGGACCACAACAGACGACACCAGGAGUCUCGUCAGAAGAUCCUGGAGGAGAUUGGGAAGCUGAGUGACAGUGGGAAAGGAGAGACUACGCAAGGUGAACCGAGCAAGGUGACCAAACCUGCAAGCCCAGUCCUAGAACCAUUUGUAGCUCUAGUCACGACUCCAGCUCCAUUCACAGAGCCAGAUCCAGUUCCAGUCCGGGCCCCAGUCAAAGCUCGAGUCAAAACCCCAGUCAAAGCAAAGGUCAAAGGCCCAGCCAAUCGUCGUUUUCUCUGCCUCAAGUGUGACUUCAGUACACGCACCUCACAGGCAUUGGCUAAUCAUGCCAAGACCCACAACAGAAAACCUACUGGUCUGCAGCGAGCCUCUCCGCGCUUUCAGCCAAAGCUCACUCCUAUGGAGCCGUCUGUGUCACCUGGAUCUGGAUCUGCCUCUGGCCUGACCUCCAUCUCUCUCACUUGUGAUCAGUGUGCCUUCCAGGCCUCCAGUCAAACUGCUCUGAAGGAGCACCAACACGUGGCUCACCCCGCGCAGACCUCCAUCUGUGGGGAAGGGCCUGAAGAGAUGAACCGUCCAGGGUCCAGAAUUGAUGCUUCCUCUCCACCAUGUUCUGAUACGCUUUCUAAGCCUGUCUCUCCACCAGAGGGCCAAAGCCAGUCAAAGGCCAGUAAGUCUUCUUCCUCUAGUUGGAUCUCUGCUAUGGAGGACAGUGACACACAGCCCCAACCAUCAAACACUGCUACAGCUCCCCAGCGUAGAGAGAUAGCCUUUAAGACCAUCGGGAACAAGAGGGCAAAUAGGAGAGGGAAGGCUGGGACAGAACUCCUCUGGCCAAAUCCCAGACUGGACAGCGGGCCACCUGAGACCGAUGAUGCACAAAGCCAGGGCCAGAGCCCUGACCUGGCAACCGAUAUGAACCAAAAAGAGACUGAAUCACUUGUUGGAUCCAAACCGCUCACCAGGGCUCGAUCCCUCCGAGAUGACUCCUCUCUAAAACAACAGAGCCUCACAGCCUCAUGCUCUACAGAAGGGAAGCCCGUGAAGGAAGAGGAAGAGGACGGGGAGACAAAGGUUGCUUUUGAAAAGAAGAGUAACAAGGUUUUUGCUGCUGAAAAUGACGAUGAUGAUGACAACGAUGAUCAUGAUGAAGAAGAAGAAGAGGAAGAGGAGAAUAUCCGGCGUUUCCUAGCGGAGGGCAUAUCAGAUGAGGAUUAUGAGGAGAUUGAUGAGAAGACGGGGACCCUGAAGAGCGUGGAGAGGAAAUGCCCCUACUGCCCUGAUCGCUUCCACAACGGCAUCGGGCUGGCCAAUCACGUGAGGGGCCACCUCAACCGAGUGGGCGUCAGCUACAAUGUGCGCCACUUCAUAUCCCCUGAGGAGGUCAAUGCCAUUGAGAAGAAGUUCUCCUACCAGAAGAAGAAGAAAAAGGUUGCCAACUUUGACCCGGAUACGUUCAGUGUGAUGCGCUGUGAGUUCUGCAAUGCUGGCUUUGACACCCGGGCUGGUCUGUCCAGCCACGCCAGGGCGCACCUGCGGGACUUUGGGAUAACUAACUGGGAGGUGACUGUCUCGCCCAUCCAUAUCCUCCGGGAGCUCUUCUCCAGCCGCCCAGACCUGGUCCUCCCCACAGCCCCCCCACGCAGCCCAGCCUCAGACGAGGAGGAGGAGGAAGACCUGGAGACGGAGGAGGAAGAACCAGGGGGAGGGGAGGGGAGUGAAGAGGCAACAGGUGCUACAGUCUCCAACCUACUGCCAUCGUCGCCUUCUCAGCCUUGGGAGAAAGACCACAGCGUUGGUGAGCCUGAAGGCGGGGAGGAGGAAGAGCAGAUGCCAGCACUGGACAGCUUGACCUCCAGCCCAGGGAGGAAGGGUCUGUUUUCCCUGGACCCAGAGAGCCCCUCCCCGAGGGAUGAAGCUGACAUCAAAGUGUCCAACCUGUUAAAGUGUGAGGUGUGCAGUGCCCCCUUCGAGACGAGGCGGGGCCUAUCUAGUCACGCUCGUUCCCACCUGCGCCAGCUGGGCAUCGGCAUGUCGGAGAGUAGCGGGGCACCCAUCGACCUCCUCUAUCAGAUCACCAAGGAGCGUGGUCUGGAUGGGCACUUCCCCCCUCCCCUCCCCCUGCCCCCUGUCGCCAAGAAGCCCCUUCACGUCCUGCCAACCCCACGGAAAGAGGAGAGAUAUCAAGACACCGACAUGGACGAGAAACCCAUCCCUCUCUCCAUCCCCUCCCCUGUGGCCUCCCCUCCCCCCUCCUCCCUCAUCAGGGCCUGCUCCCCUUCUCCUGUGGUGAGGAAGGCCCCCAUCUCUUCUCUGCUGCCUGUGUCCUCCCCCCUGCGCUGUCUGGACCAUAAGCCUGGAGGGGUGAAGAGCACCACCUCUAACCUCUCUGCCAAACCCUUCUGGGCUCCACAAGAGACUGAUGCCCCACUCAACCUCACAUUGGAGGUAGACCCCAACAAGGACAUAGUGUGCCAGCUGUGUGGCGCCUGGUUCGAGACGCGGAAGGGCCUGUCCAGCCAUGCCCGAGCCCACCUGCGUCACUUUGGGGUGGAGUACUCGGAGUCCAAAGGUUCCCCCAUAGACCUCCUCAACCAGCUCAUUCACACUGAUGACUUCAAGCACAGAGCCAGCACCCUGCAGCCUGAGGGGCCCCAGGGGCUCAGGGGCCUCACAGCCAGACUCUCCUCCCCCAAACGCUCCCUCCUCACCACCUCCUCCACAGCUCUCCUCUACAAGGUCACUACGAUGGGGGGCGGAUCUGGGUCCAAAGCUACCUCUUCCUCAGCUUCCUCAAUGUUUGGCCCGCCCUCCAAACGUCCCAAGUCCUCCAAAUUACAGGUCUUCCGUUUGAGUGGCGGGGAACUCACACCCAUCCCCCACAGUGAACCAGUGAAGGAGAUCGGCUGUGAGUUCUGUGGGGAAUACUUUGAAAACCGUAAAGGCCUCUCCAGUCACGCGCGUUCCCACCUGCGCCAGAUGGGCAUCACAGAGUGGACAGUCAACGGUUCCCCCAUAGACACCCUGCGAGAGCUGAUCACACGUCGAGGUCUACCAUGCGCCCUGCCCCUUAAGCCCCUAAAAUCUCCCCCUCCUUCCCCCGGACACCCUCGCUCCCCCUUGUCCUCCCCUGCCUCGCCCAGCCUACUGAGUCGCCUCCCUUUUGCCUUCGCCCACCCACCCAGCCACCAGUCCACAGUGCGUAAGAUGGGCUCAGCUCCACCGGCCUCCCCUAGCCUGAUAGUCAAGCUGAAGCCUGAGCCUAUGCAGCUGGAAGUCACCAUGCCAGGAGCGGUGGGGGGAGCAGCGGGAUACUCCUCUGAGCCACUGAAUUGCAGCUGGAGCAGCUCCGACAAUAUGCUCCCUCUUAACUUGGUCACAGCCCAUGAAGUAGAGCCCACUCGGGACAUCCGCUGUGAGUUCUGUGGGGAGUACUUUGAGAACCGUAAAGGUCUCUCUAGUCACGCCCGUUCCCACCUGCGCCAGAUGGGCAUCACAGAGUGGACAGUCAACGGCUCCCCCAUAGACACCCUGAGAGAACUCAUGCACAAGAAUGGGGGCACCUCGUCCCCAGCCCCAGGGCUGAAGAAGGAGACCAGCCAGGGGUCCAGCCCCACCUGGGAAGGCCUGGUGGGGGGCCUGGGUUACCAGUCGCCCAAGUUCUCCCGCAAAUCCCCCCUCAACCUGCUGCACUCUGGCUCCCGGCUUCAUAAGCACGGCCUGGGGGCGGUGGGCCUCUCCUCCACCCCUCCCGACGGGAAGUUUUUUGCGGUGUCCCUGCUGGGUAAGAGACCCAUGACGGAGGAGGGCCGUCCAGUUGAGAGGUCACCAUCCCACCCCCAGUCCUUUUCGCCCCUGCCACAUGACCUCUCCAUCAAAGGGAAGUCCUCUCCAGACAAGAAUGCGGGAGGGCACCUGGAUGCCAGCUGUGAGCUGUGUGGGUUCUACUUUGAGAACCGCAAGGCGCUGGCUAGCCACGCGCGGGCCCACCUGCGGCAGUUUGGCGUGACAGAGUGGUGUGUGAACGGUUCGCCCAUCGAGACGCUGAGUGCCUGGAUGCGCAGCCGGCCCCACAAGGUGGUGGAGAUGCACCGCAGCUACAUGCAGGGCUCCAGCCGCUCCACCUCCAAGAAGAAAAGCAGCUUGUCUCUCUCCCCAUCAUCCGACUCUGACCUCCUCCCCCCCAUGCCCUCCCAGAAGCAUUCCUCCUCCUCCCAGUGGGCGGCUUUGGGGCUGGCCCAGGCCAGACGGGUAGGCCGGGAGCUCACCCUGGCAUCACCCCGGGCAGCAGAGGGUGAUGCAGGUCUCACUCCCCCCUCCCGACCCAGCCACAGCAGUCACAGUCCCAGCCCCGCCCGACUCUCCAACACCCUCCCUCCCCACACACAGGUGGCCCGCAGCGAGCUCAACGUGCGCCUGCCCAGAGGCUUUGAGCGGCGACCUCUUAAACACCCCUCCCACUCAGAGGGAGGAGAGAGGGACAGUGGCACCCCCAAGCCCCCUCGCACCGGCACCAUUCCUGCCCUGGUGCCCAAACCCCCUUCCUCCCCCCUGGUCAAAGUGGUGGGAAAGAUCUACUCCCUCAGGUGCCGGUUCUGUGAGGUGGAGUUCCAGGGUCCUCUCUCUGUGCAGGAGGACUGGAUCCGCCACCUCCAGCAGCACAUCCUCAACCUCAACUACAACAAGCCUGCUCCCUCUGCCACGGACCCCCCAGCCCAAGACCACAACCCAACCUCAACUUCAGUCCCAGCCACUACCUCCAGCUUCACCACAACUCCUGCACCCACCUCAACCCCACCCUCCAUCCACACCCACACCACAGCUCCUACUGUUCUCCCUCCUUGCAGCCCCUCUCCUCCCCCAAUGGCUGAGUCUGCUCCAAUUGUCACUGCCACUCCAAUGGCAACAGCCUCAGCAGAGUCCACCCUCACCCCAAUCCUGAUCCCCAUCCCCACCCCGUCAUUGUAACCCCCAGGUCCAUAACAAUCCACACAUCCUUCUAACCAUUUUGUUCUGCCACGUCUUUGCCAUGCCUUUUUUCCAUCCACUUGUUCCUUCGGCCUCAACACAGGGAACCUGUUGUUGAAGUGUUUUGAAGAGAAGCUUUCCCCCAAAGAGCUCUCUCAUUCCCCAGCCUCUCCUAGGAAGCUCUGCAGAUGGUUACAAAGCCCCAUUGCCAUGGGAACCCAAGCUCUCCUGACCAGAGUGGGUGAUUGCAACUGUCUAGGGCUUCGGGGUCUGCUGUUUCUUCUUUGUUUGGACUUGUUUGAGCUGAAUGUUCAGUUUGUAACGUGGACAGUUACACUUCCUGCCGCUCAGUGGUUAACCCGAGAGGUUAGCUUAAACCAUAUUGAACUUUGACUUAUCUCCCUGCUCUAAACAGUGCUUUAUAUAGACCUGAGAGGCUCCGCCCAUUUAUAUUUGAAGCACUUAAUUAAGAGGAGCACAGUCAUGGCUCCUGCUUUACUCCCCUCAACAACAUUUUAAAAGGAGUUUAAAUAAUGUUUUUGUAUUCAUGCUUAGUCUAUGGUACAGACUUAAAAAGCCCAUUUACACAUUAUUUUGAUAAGGCCAUUUUAACGUAGACAAUGUCACAGAGCACUUAAAUAAAUGCCCCAUUGAUUAGGGCAGUGAUGAUGAGGAAAAGGCCCCUUUGAGAGAAAAGGAAGGACCCUGUAGAGGAUGCAGCACCUUGAAGGGACGUCCCAUUCACCUUAGUGUUAGGCUGACAGGUGCAGUCACACAGUAACUCUUAAUGUUUUCUGAAUGUAGUUAAAGGGAUAGUUCACCCAAAUUACAUAUUGGUUUCCUUACCCUGCAAGCAGUCUAUGGACAAGGUAUCACAGCAAUCCAUGCUGUGGUUUAGUUUCAUUGGCACCGUUUCCAAAUGUUGUGGCACAAAUCCCAUUUAAGUCAUGGGUACAAGAUAUUAGCAUUUUUCAAACAUCAUGCCCAAAUCAUUCGAAAGUGUCUAAAAUUGAUUGUAAAGCACAACAAAGUCACUUAUAGAUUAAUACUGAUAUCAGUCCCAUGGGAUUUGUGCCACAAAUGCUAAAACAUUAGCAUUUGAAAACAGUGCCAGGGAAACUUAACAAUA